AUGUUUGAGAGAAAUUGCGGUAUUUUGCAAUCAACUCUUCAGUGUCUUCAACUCGAUAAUCUCUUCGAAUUCGACGCAUCGAAAGUCGUCAAGAAAGCGAAUAUCAACCAUAAUAAGAAAACCCGGCCGACAGCCCGAGUGAAACCGAUGAGGAAGUCGAAUUUCUCCAUUGAUUUUCUUCUGAGUCCCAUCAAGAAAGAGGAUGAUGAAAAGCUAGAUCUGAAGAAAGAGCUGAAAAUCGACACAACCCUCGAUCAGCCAUCAUGCUUGGAUACGCCUACAAGUUCAAAUGGUGAAACGAAGGCAGCAAUCAAUUUCGAAGUUCCGAUAAUUGUCGAAAAUCAAGAAGAUGGAAAGAAAUCCGGCCUACUCACAACGAAGAAAGUUAUGGCGAGUUGUCCAAAUAAUUUGGCGCAAAAUAGCCACCCCCCGAUUGAUCGAGUGAAAAUUACUCAUGCAAAUUUUACUCAGCUUGCAAUGUCAUCCGAUUUCGAUGCUGAACCCUCUACAAGUACUUUCAUCUACAACAUCGAUUGCCUGCCCGAUUUUGAGAGAAACACCGAUACACCCAAUUCACAGGACUCACAAGCGACCAUUGCCGCGAUUUGUUACGAGGAAGGAACACCGACAGAUUUCAAUGAUUUCCUCCUUGCACCAAGCAGCUCUUCAAUUCCAUUAAAAGUGGAGUUUGACGAUCGGAACACUGAAACAGAAAGCGAUCGUUGUGAAUCGGUUUCGAUGCGAGUUGACGAGGAACAGAUCGAGAUACCAAGAGGAAAUAAUCAAAAUGGAGAAAUGAGAGGGCCAUUGCCGCCAUUGAAAAUCAGAAUCCCGCCUGAAUUGUUCCCAAAAGGAAAAGCAAUGAAAAGACCACGCUCGAGCAUCGAUCUCAAAUCGGAAUCAAGGAAGAACACCAAUCAAUCACACGGAGGGAAACGCCAAAAGCGUCAAUCGAGCGAUGAUCUCCGAGCCACCAGUGACAAAGAGAACACUUUGUUUACGAACCGAAAGAAUUCCGCUCAAAAGACGCAAAAAGCGAUCGCGAAAAAGCCGCUCAAAGAGAUCACAAAAACGAAAGCUAUUAAGCCAAAAACAACAUUGGGGAAAUCGAAGAAAGUGAAAGCGGUGAAAGACGAAUAUCUCCCAUGGUCCGUUCUUGGAGAGCCGAUUCGGAAACGAGUUCAUCUCAAGAACAACGUGAUGCCAGUCUUUCGGCAAUGCUAUUCCGCAGCCGUGCACCGUUGCGGGAUUCGAUUGAUCCCUGGCGACACGAUCUCGAUCAAUGUGGGCAAUGAAGAAGAGGCGAAUUUUGCAAAGAUUGUCAACAUCUACAAGGAACAAGACGAGGCCCCAAUCUUCGCCUCCGUUAUUUGGUACUAUCGAGCCUCGCAUAUUGAGAAUAAACCCUUGGAUGUGCAUGAGAAAGAGAUCUUCGCCUCUCGUCACAUCGACAGCAUCGAUCUCACGUCGGUGAACGAGCUCGUCCAUGUGCUUUCAUUCAACGAAUACUGCCGCUUCAUGACAAUGAAAAGGAUCAAAUCGAUGCCCGAGCAUUUGCGACCAAAAAGCUUGAUGCAAAUGGAUCGUUAUGAGCAGAGUGAUUACCCAAGAUUAGACAAAAUGCCCAAUGAGGAGACACCAAUGGAAACGAUCUACUUCUGUCGUCGCACUUAUGACUUUGGCGGGAAGCGUAUUUUGGGCGAAACGAGGAGUCGUCAAAAUCGCAAA